UUGUUUUAGUUUUCAAGAGAAAAUCGAGAGAACGACCUGGAUCUUCUUGCUCGAUGAAAUGGGCCUCCAACGAACCGCUACAUAAAUUCUCACAGCCCUAAAUGUCUUCUCCUUUCUGACUGUUAAUAGUUAACAAUCGACACCUGCUCUACUGUACCCGCCACUCUCAUCUUCUCAUCCCAGCGCCUGGCGGUGAAAGCUAAAAUCAAGCAGAAUGGGGAUAAUCGAGAAGAUUAAAGAAAUCGAAGCCGAGAUGGCUCGAACCCAGAAAAAUAAAGCUACAGAGUAUCAUCUUGGUCAGCUCAAGGCAAAGAUAGCAAAGUUAAGGACACAACUGUUGGAGCCUCCUAAAGGUUCUAGCGGUGGUGGAGAUGGUUUUGAAGUUACAAAAUAUGGCCAUGGACGUGUUGCACUGAUAGGAUUUCCAAGUGUUGGGAAGUCAACUCUUUUGACAAUGUUAACUGGCACUCACUCGGAAGCUGCAUCAUAUGAGUUCACAACACUUACCUGUAUUCCUGGGAUUAUACAUUACAAUGAUACUAAAAUUCAGCUGCUUGACCUUCCGGGAAUUAUUGAGGGUGCUUCAGAAGGCAAGGGACGUGGAAGACAGGUUAUUGCUGUUUCCAAGUCUUCAGAUAUAGUCUUGAUGGUUCUUGACGCCUCAAAAAGUGAGGGCCAUCGGCAAAUAUUGACUAGGGAACUGGAAGCUGUGGGUUUACGUUUGAACAAGAGACCACCUCAAAUUUACUUCAAGAAGAAAAAAACUGGUGGCAUCUCUUUCAACAGCACUCUACCUUUAACUCACGUAGAUGAGAAACUCUGUUAUCAGAUUUUACAUGAAUACAAAAUUCACAAUGCAGAGGUGCUAUUUCGUGAGGAUGCCACAGUCGAUGAUCUCAUCGAUGUCAUUGAGGGUAAUCGAAAAUACAUGAAAUGUAUUUAUGUUUACAACAAGAUAGAUGUUAUUGGUAUUGAUGAUGUGGACAAGUUAGCUCGCCAACCAAAUUCUAUUGUCAUUAGCUGCAAUUUGAAGCUCAACUUAGACAGACUGCUUGCAAAGAUGUGGGAAGAAAUGGGGCUAGUGAGAGUCUAUACAAAACCACAAGGCCAGCAACCUGAUUUCUCUGAUCCUGUAGUUCUUUCAGCUGAUAGAGGUGGCUGCACAGUUGAAGACUUCUGUAAUCACAUACACAGGAGUUUAGUGAAGGAUGUGAAGUACGUUCUGGUGUGGGGCUUGAGUGCACGACAUUACCCUCAACACUGUGGCCUUAGUCAUGUUCUCCAAGAUGAGGAUGUGGUUCAAAUUGUCAAGAAAAAGGAAAAGGAAGAUGGAGGUAGAGGUCGGUUCAAAUCACAUUCAACAGCUCCUGCUCGAAUAUCAGACAGAGAGAAGAAAGCUCCCUUAAAGACUUAAACAAAGUACGAUUUUGCAUUGGUUGAGCUUCUGGAUGUUAGUGCUUAAUCGAAUUAAAUACUGGGAGGAUAGGUGGACUGGUUAUAGAUACUUAUAAUUUUGAUACACUAUUGAUGGUCUUCUAAUCAUCCUUUCAUUUUCUUUUCUUUAAUUUAUUCACUGUCUGAAUGCUGUAUUUUAAGAGAUGUUCAACACUUUUUAGAAUUAUAAUGAAAAAAAAAAUAUUUCAAGAA